AUGCAGGAAAUUGCUGGAUCUUGCUACAUAUUCUACCAAUUUGGAAAAACGGCUGAAGAAGUCGAGACCACCUGCCCUGGUCGACCCGGUCGUUACAUGGCUUCGAUAGGAUCUCCGGUGGAACUGGUAGAAGUCUACAAUCACUUCAGAGUUUCGCAUCCUACUACUUUUCAGGAUGUUUGGGUCGUAGAUCCUUCUGUUGGUGUACCUUCGGACGGGAAUGGCUGCUCGAUGAUUGUAACUGGUCCAACCCUGCAAUCUGAGGUGUGUAGCACGCCCCAUGGCUUCAUAUGCGAGGCUGAUCUAGAGGGGCAAACAACUGAGCUGACUACGACAGCUGUGGCAACAACUACGGAAACAUUAACAUCCGAUCCUACAAGCACCGAAUCAUUGACAACUGACAAUCCUUCAACCACAGUUACCACAGCUGAAGAUGUUACAACUGAUCUGAUAACAACUGCAGAAAUAUUAACAACAAUCGCUUCAACAACGGACCUACCAAGCACCGAAUCAGUGACUACCACAUGGUCCAGUUCAACAACAUCUGAUGUGACAACUGAAAAUAUAUAUCUUUCAACCACCGAGCUUACAGCAUCAUCCAUUACAAUAGCUUUUGCAACUGAAGAUAUUACAACUGAGCUGAUAACCACAAGUGUGGUAAUGAAUACUGAAACAUUCCCAACAACUUCGGAAGCAACAACAACAACGGGCCAAACAACGAUCCCUACAAGCACCGAAUCACUGACUACAGGGUCCAGCUCAACAUCUGAUAUGACAACUGACAAUCCUUCAACCUCCGACUUAACAACUUUAACCAUUACAACAUCUAUUACAACUGAAGGUCAUACAAGUACUAUUCAAGAAGGUCCAACUACUGUAAUGUCAUCGACAACAUCACCCACAACAACCGCGAAUUACCCUACGACUACCCAAGAUAAUUCCUUUACGUCGUCUGCCAUGACGACCGUCACAAAUGCUCCAACGUCUACAACUUUUACUGAAAUCCCUACCACCCCACCCAUAUCAACCACUACAACAUCAACUAAGAUGCCAUCAACGUCUGCCGCAAUAGCCAAGGGCAGAGAGCAUUCGUUUACAUUAGCCAGCAUCGGGCAAUCCCUGCAGGAACAUGGCUGGAUAAGAACGUUCGACUCCGUCCGAACUCCAUUGCGCUGCGCAGUGAAGUGUGGCGCAUUUUCUGGUUGUCACGUGUUCACGCACUCGGCAGCCAAUCAGAGUUGUCAUCUAGGAGCUGCAGGAGGGAUGCAGCUUUUGUACGAUGAUUCGGGUAGUAACACGUAUAGACUAAAAUCAUGA